GAAACAUCUAUAUCCAGAACCCUAGCGAGACGACUCUAGUGGAGACUAAGAUACCAACUAGCGAUGAAGUCAACCAUUAUCCCAACACUAUCUCUCUUGGAGAAACUGGGCCUUGCAGUCAAGAUACUUCUAGUACCCGGGACCAUCGUGGGCAUUCUCAUCCGAGGCAUGCCUCUUGCCAUCAAAUACAAAGUCCCAUUACAUCUGUGGUUCACCUGUAUGGUUGGGCGCAUCCUCCUAGGCAAUUUCACCCCACGCCAGGUUCAAUUCCUCUCAACACCAACGAUAGAUGUCUACACAGCCUGGAUCAAGAAGCAGCGAGACCAGGGCCAUCACACUCGACUAAACCUCGACAUCGAGCCCCUCGCUGACACUGACGCAUCUAUAAUGUGGAUCGGGAAUCGCAAGAAAGCGUCUAAAUUCGUCCUGUUCUUGCACGGCGGUGGAUAUGUCGCGCCCCCUCUACCGGGCCACUUCACUUGGUGCUGGGAGGCAUACGUUAAUGGUGGACCUGGUGUAGACAAAGAGGUUGCUGUUGCGGUGCUGCAGUAUACGCUUGCGCCAGGUGGGAAAUAUCCUGAUCAGCUCCGCCAAGCUUCCGCCGCUCUCAAUCAUCUACUUCAAAGCGGCGUGAAUCCGCGUGAUCUGAUAGUCGGUGGUGACUCUGCCGGAGGGAACUUGACAACUCAACUCGCCUAUCACCUCCUGCAUCCCAAUCCCGCUGCUCCAAAAGUCAAGCUACACAGCCCACUCGCAGGGAUGUUCUUUGUGUCUCCUUGGCUCAGCGAUCGAACAGACACAACCUCAUUUGAGGAAUAUGGCAACGUCGACAUGCUCUUUGCAGGCUUACUCCAGCGUACUUCCGUACACUCGUUCCGCAGUGAGGACCUGGAGCCAAAAGUCAAUGGAGCUCAUCCAGCCCUUGCCGUGGAUGGAGAUCUGUCAUGGUUGAGCGAUCUCCCAGCGAUCACGAGCGCGCUUUAUGUCACUGCUGGUAGGCGCGAGGUUUUCUGUGAUGCAAUCGUCGAAUUUGGGAAAGCUGCUCAAGAGAAAUGCCGUUCGAUUCCUGUGCAGAUUGAAGUCGGCGAGCGUGAGUGUCAUGACUUUAUCCUCAUCGAGAACCAAGCAGAAGUAGCAGGGGAUGCCACAGAGAGGAUGAUGAAAUGGGCGUCUGGCAUAUUACUAGAUUAGUAGUAUUGAGGCAGAGGAGCAAUGUGGAAGAUGGACAUGUUAGUCGAUGGAAAGGACAGGAGCUGCACGGCGACAUGGCAACAACACGGGCAAGACUUUGGAAGGUGGUUUGGUAUUUAUCCUGAGGACUUGGCAAUACGAAUAGCGAUGACAAUGUGACACAGUCUACACUGAGAGCCCUUUUGUAGAGAAGCAGAAUUUGAUAGCUUGCUAGUCUAGGCAGCCGCAAUCUAUG